UUAAUUUUGGCAUUUACGCCUAAUAAUACAGUCUGGGGGCAUAAUAAUGCACUUGUUGGCUCUAGAAUAUAUUAUACAGGUGGUGUGAUACCAAAUGCAACAAUUUGGAAGAGUGUUGUAGACUUUUCUAACACACCAAAUCAAAUGGCCACACAAUCAAAAGAAUUUUAUUACUUAGAUGUAUCAACCAAUUUUAAAACAAAUGGUAUAAUACCUUGGGUAGAUCUUAGUUCAUCAUCAAUUCUUCCACCCCAUUCUUGGAGUGCAUUUUCUCUUUGCGGACCUGAUAAUAAUACAUUGGUAAUGUUUGGUGGUGAUUUUGGUACUACGAACCCUACCAACUUAGUUUUCACUUAUAAUUUAAAAACAUUACAAUGGAGCAAUCCAGUAACUUCUAGCCAACCUUCAAAUAAACAUACACGUUCAGUUUGUGAUUUUAGAACCGGAAAAAUGUAUAUGUUUUCCGGAACUUUCAAUACAGCAAAUCCUACCAUGAACAUUUUAGAUACAAAAACAUUAACGUGGAGUGUUGGUAGUUCAAUUGGAGCACCAUUAGGAAGAUUUGAUUACACAGCUACUUUAUUACCGAAUGGUAACAUUGUCUACAUAGGCGGUGUAGAUUCUUCUGGAGUGGUAAAGUUGUCAACG